AGCUUGCUUGUGUAGUGAAGGGUUGGCUGCAUGCACGGUCUAUGGUUGGCUGUGGGAGGAAAAAAAGCGAGUUUAAAAGAGGGGGAUGGGGCAAUGAGUUGUUUUGUGUUGCAUUCCUGCAGUGUGCUUGACCUUUGACCUCGUUGUUGUGCUCUCUUCUCCUCGCAUACCAAAGUGAGGGGUUUUCCCUGCAGUAUGCCAGAAGGAGGUAGCUCGCACGCGCUGCGCCCUGGACGUGUUUACUAGCUACUAGCUUACAAAAGGCUCGCGCUGUUUACCUACCUGAAUCUGCAGUUAGCUAGCUAGCAACGAGGGAUUACUUCAUUAUUAUUAUUUUUAACCGAGGCGCGCGUGUUGCAUUGUAGGAGGCCGAGCAGGAAAACGUCUUCUCUGUCGGUGCAAGAAAAAAAAAAAGCCCGGAGGAAAAAGGAGGAGUAGGUGUGGAGUGUUUUGGAUAUCGCAGCGAGCUCGCUCAGGUCACUCUGCUCCGCGCACUAGCUCUCGAGCUGUUUCACGCGCACACGUUUUCCCAUCCAGCGCUCGCCGAUUAUUCGGCAUAGCCGCCGCAGAAACACGGAGAAGACCGAGGAAAUGAAGGACAAACAGAAGAGGAAGAAGGAGCGCACGUGGGCCGAGGCUGCUCGCAUGGUUCUUGAGAACUUCUCGGAUGCCCCAAUGACGCCUAAACAGAUCCUUCACGUCAUCCAGACAAAGGGACUGAAAGAAAUGAGAAGCGGCACAGCCCCACUGGCCUGCCUGGUUACCAUGCUCCACUCCCAGGUGAGGGGCGAUAGGGUGAAGAACAGCAUCUUCUUCAAGCUGCCAGGAAGAAUGAGCCUUUUUACACUAAAGAAAAAUGCCCUCCAGUGGACGAAGAACCCAUCAGGUUCUGAGGCUUCAGACCCAAAUGCUGCACCAGCAGCUUCCUCCACAGCUACGUUCGGGGCAGCAGAGGGGGCCGAGCAGGAGAGUGGUGACUCCACAGAAACAACGGCUGCUAGUGGUGAGAAUGAUGCUUCAGUGGAUGAGACUUCCUCCAGUGCCUCCUGCUCCACAGAGCCACAGACACGACUAAGUCGAUCCUCACAGUCAGGGAGACAGAGGAAGAAAUCUGUUAUGAUGCCUCGUGUGGUUCUUACUCCACUGAAGGUCAACGGUGAACACGUCCCAUCAGGAGCUGCGGGGAGGCGCAGGGAAGGGUCUAGGGGGGGUCCAGGCCCAGCACUUCGAGCCCGCUCCGAGCUGGGCUGGAAACGCCCCCAGCACUUCAAGAGCAUGCGUGGCCUACGUUCAGGACCCAUGAAGAGGAAUAGGGGUGGUGUGGAGGUGGACUUUGAGACCCCAGGCUCAAUCCUGGUCAACACCAACAUCCGUGCAUUAAUUAAUACACGCACAUUUGCAGCAUUUCCUCCUCACUCUCAGCAACAGCUCCUUCAACUUCUCCCUGAAGUAGAUAGACAGGUUGGUCCUGAUGGUCUUGCCCGACUCAGCAGUUCAGCACUGAAUAACGAAUUUUUCACUCAUGCCUCUCAAAGCUGGAAAGAGAGGCUCGCCGAAGGUGAGUUCACACAUGAGAUGCAGGUUCGCUUUAGACAAGAGAUGGAAAAGGAAAAGAAAGUGGAAGCAUGGAAGGAGAAAUUCUUUGAAGAGUAUCAUGGCCAAAAAUCUGGCUUAACCCGUGAGGAGGCAUUAAAACUGACAAUGAGUGAUGCAGGAGAUGUUUCUGGGUCAGUCCUUGGGGCUGAUACUGCUGCAGCCACACCCAAGAGGAGAGGCGUUGGAAGACGACGAAGGGAGGGUCGUAUUAGGAGACGAUCACGUGCUGACCUCAGACGCAGGGCGCGCCGCCCACUCUGCAAGACCACUCCUGCAGCAGUGGCUCAAGAGCAGGCAGAGACCCAGGCAGCUUUGGAAGUUGUGGCCCCAACUACAUCACCUGUCCCAGAAACCAGCACAGUGCAGGCAGAGGUUGUCCUUCAAGCCGAAUCAGAAUCAGAAGCACCAGUGGAGACACUCUGUACAGAGGCAGCUCCCUCCCCUGCCCCUGUGUCUACUCCUGCUCCUGCCUCUACAAGCUCAACCUGCGAUGAACCAGAAGGUUCCACCAGCCUGCUGCCUGAAGUUGUUGAACCAACUGUGGCCUCCACCUCCUCGCCUUCUUCAUCCUCUUCCUCAACAUCCUCAUCAUCCUCUCCAUCUUCAUCUCCUUCCUCUACCUCUGACCAGCAAGGAGCCUUUGCUGCUAGCUCUGACUCAUCAUCUUCCUCCUCAUCCUCAACUGCUGCUGUUGCCACUGACCCACUGGAUGAUGGUGCCUCGAUCACCACUGGCACAGCAGGCACCGGUGCGAGCAGCAGGGAGAGCAGCCCUGCAGCAAGUCCUGCUACAGCCAGCCCUGCUAUCCAGCUCAAGGAACAGAAGAGGAGACCCGACGAGUCCCAGGCCUUCACCAGCUUUCCCGAGAAGAGGGCACGACUGGAUGAGCAUCAGUCCUUUCGUAACACAGUUGACUGUGUGCACUCAGAAAAGCCGCAGCCUACAACAGAGGAACCCAAGGUCCCGCCAAUCCGGAUUCAGCUCUCCCGGAUCAAACCUCCGUGGGCCAAAGGGCCGCCAACGUACCAAAUCUAUCCCCGCAUCGUGCCCCCCAACGAGGGGUCGCGGCGCAGUGGGACGGGGGCGCGCACCUUGGCGGACAUCAAGGCCCGUGCCCAGCAAGCCCGUGCACAGCGGGAAGCCGCUGCUGCUGUUGCAGCCACUGGGGACGGGGCAGGGCCUGGGGGGGGCGGCCCGGGGGGUGGUACUGGGAUACCGGAUUGCUCCAGCGGGAGGCGUUCGAGAGAGCACCCGGGUCCCGUUGAACCUGGAGGAGGAGGAGGAGGAGGAGGAGGAGGAAGAGUUGAUGUGGAGGACCAGGAAUCGCCUGCAGGCUCUCAUUCGUCUGGAGCACAACUACAGCUAUCCAAUGUAGAAACUCCAGAAAAACUCCAAGCCUGUACCCCACAACCUAUGCCAUCUCCAUCGUCUGUAUCCUCCAAUCCUUCAGUGCUACCCUCUGAGUCCCCUAAAACCCUCACACCAUCACCAACUGAGACAGACAGUCCAGCCUCCCAGGACCAGGUGGAUGAUAUCUGUGGUGGGGAGGAGGUGACUGUCAGCUCCAGUGAUAAAGCCUCCGAGCAGACCUCAGACACUCCUGUGCCUACUCCCAGUGAGCCUGAGUCUGUAGGUAGUCAACAAGAGAGUAGGGUUGAAGAAGCAGAUUCAAAUGACAGCAGAACAGUGACUCCCAAUUACACAGUUACACCAGUGUCCAGUGAAGCAGUAAAUCUUGUUCCCACAUCGAUACCUGACUCAUUGCCUAGGUUUGGUGCCCAAGGUGUGGAUGUGAUCAGAACCUUGGCAGCAUCAUCUCAGCCUUGGGAAGGUGAGCAGAAUUUGGGUGAACAUCGUUCUGGCACUACUGGGGUCAUUCAGCAUGGGUCAGAUGUGAAAGCCCCCAAAGAGACAUUUGUUGCAGCCCGCAAUGGUUUUGUAGGUGGUGUGGAGGAUCAUGUGGUUAGGGAGAGAGUGCUGCAAGAGCACAAGAGUGCAGAGAUUGAAACUGAUGGUAAAUAUGUAAGUUCCCUCCCACGUCUACCAAAUAAUAUGAGAGAGGAAGAUAAUGGUGUGCACAGUGACUCCACAGAGACAGCAUCAGACUUUGAGAAUGAAACUCAAGAGGACGAUACAGUGGACUGGCACAGAACAAUGGACCAUAAUGGAGCGCAGGGUCAGAAUACAAAGUCUCAGAAUCAGCCUGUCAUUCAGACACCAAAUCGUCUUACAUCAUGCACUUUGAGCUCUCCCCAGCAUCAGCAGCCUGUCAUCCAGGCCCAUGUCUCUAACCCUGCCCACAGCCAAACUGUCAUUCAGGCUCGUUUCCCCAAUGGUGUGCCAAACCAGCCUGUGAUUCAGACACAAAAGCACCAUUCAGUCCACACCCAUGGCAUAAACCAUGUACAGGAGCAAAACUCCAAUGCCUUGACCCAAGUCCAUGUGCAACCAUAUCUCAUGCAUGUAGAGAAGGACCAAAGCAAGGCUCACGGUCUAAAUGAGAGUAGCGGUGGAGGAAAGCCAUUUAUCCCAACAGAAGAUGAUGCAAAACCUUUCUGCAGAGCUCCUACAGAUGAUUCUGGGUUAAAAAACUCUGCCAAUCUUUCUGCUGUUAAGAGAAUUCAAGGUACUGCACGACCUGUAUCCUCUGUAGAGGCAAACAACCCUCUGGUUACCCAGCUUCUUCAAGGGAGCCUGCCUUUGGAGAAAGUCCUACCCCAGUCACAUUCCGCAAGUAAGCUGGAGAUAAACAGACUCCCAGGGGCACCAGCAGGCUUGCCAUCCAACCGCCAGCCUGGAGGAUCUCCCAGAAACAUGGCUUCCCGCUUCAGAGCCCCAACUGAAACAGGAGGAACUACAGAACCUGCUGGUUCAGACUUUCAGCACAAAGCCCCUUCUACUCUUCAGUCACCUGUGCCUGGAAGGAGUUACGGUCCCUCACCACCUGCCACUUCACAGUCUCGAAUGGCUUGCUUGCUUGAUGAAGCCAGCUCCCGUGGCACAGUUGUCCAGCAGUUUGUUCCUCAGCAGUCAGGGAGCGUUGUGCCUCCUGGUGCAGUACCUGUCAUCACCUCCCUUCCAUCCACUUCUUCCUCUUCUAGGCAUUCAGUGGACAUGAACUCUCAAAGUGCACAAGCUUUGGAGUCAGCUGUGAUAAAAGAGCACCAUAUCCCUCAGCCUUCAUGUGGUGACACUCCAGAGAGGCAAGCAGCUGGUCUUCAGCAACACUCUAUUAACCUCUCCCAGCCAAUCUGCAGAACCACACCUGAUGCUCCCUCCCCUCCACAUGGUGACCUUUGUCCUUCUGAAGUUGUACCUACUGUUAAGAUCAGCUGGCGCCCAUCAAAAUCACAGCCACCCCAACCUCAGUCGUAUCAGCAGCAGCUCUCUCAUGGGGCUAGUGUAAAAAAUGAAGUCUCCUCACGCCCCUCGUGCCAGCAAGCUCUCACCAAAAAUUCACAGGCUCCAGUGGGUGGCAAUGGCUCUGUUGUUGUAACCAAAAAAGAACCCCAGAGCUCCACAGACAGUUACACAGGAAGUGGGGGAGCCAUGGAAGGACUGCUUAACAUGGAAAUGUCACUUGCAAGAAUGGCAAAAAAAGAGCAAGGUAAAAAUCUUUACACCCGUCAUACAGACUCCUCAGUCUCACCUGUGUCCUCUUCUCCUUCCUCUACCUCUGCCUCGUCGUUUCCCUACCAUCUGUAUGGAAAGCUGCCUAAAUUGCAGCAGAGUGGAGGUGGAGGUGUACUGAGUGGAGACACUGGAGGAGGGUCCUCAUCUGGCUUCAGCUACACAGCUAAUGUCUCUGUAGUGGACGGUAGUGGUUUCUCACGCAGCAUAGCAGAUAGUGUGCUGCAACUGCGGCCACGCGUUAGUGUUGGUAACACUGGAAGCCAGAGCACUGCCCUUAGCAUCCAGGCAUUUGCUGACAGUGCAGCAGAGGAGGUGGCUCUUAAGUGCUCCUGCCGCCUCAAGGCCAUGAUUAUGUGCCAGGGGUGCGGUGCCUUCUGCCAUGACGAUUGCAUCGGCCCUUCCAAACUCUGUGUUUCCUGUCUGGUGGUCAGAUAGUGUGUUACAGCACCUCUGAACUGAGUCUAAGUCAGGGCUAAUGCACUGGCUUCCCAAGACUCUACCUGUUCUCAGAAACCAGAGGAACUUUUGGACUCAAUUGAGCAAAGAAUAUAUGGUAGAACUCUUGGUGUGGAUACCUGGCCUGAUUUUUUGAUGUUGGACAAAGCAAAACAAUAGGGCUGGUAGAUGCCCUGCAAGAUCAAAUUUAGUCUGUAUUUUUGCUUCAUAUUUUUUUCUAUUGCUGUUAUGAUGGUGUUAUGAUGUGUAUUAUUAUUGUUAUUAUUAUUAUUAUUAUUAUUAUGAUUAUUAUAAUUAUUGUUGGUAUUAAGUGAAUUUACAUGGCACAGCUGAUUGUAGAUUGUGCCUUUUCUUUCUUUCCCACAAAACAUUUACCUCAUCUACUUGACACCAAUCAUUGGUUCAGUGUGAAAAUGGUGGUGUUCAUGUUUGCGUUUUUCUCUCACCUACCUCUCUGAAAAGAGAGAGUGAAGAGUUGUUUUGCGCAUCUUGUCUUGCAAAGAAAUAUUUUUUUAAAUCAUUAAACAAGCCAAUUCUUUUGUUAUUUUGUAAGUGCUUCCUUUCCUUUUUUUAUUUUCUUAUCCAAAGUGAAGUCCAGUCUGUACUUGGCGGUUAAGCACAGUAUUCUAAUCUAAUAAAGCUGACAAUGAACA